AUGGAGUUUGAGUCGGACCCGCAGGCGUUCUGGGAUUGGUGGGUGCGGUCCCUAAUACGGAUGCAGCAGCUUAAGUACCUCGCAGUCGCGUUGGUCGUAUAUGUGAUCGCCGAAUACUUUCAGACAUUGGAGGCCGAGGUGAAAUACGUCUGGAACUCUAGAUGGAGUCUAGUGAAAGUAUUGUUCCUUGUGACGAGAUACAUGCCUUUUAUCGACCUUCCUCUCGUUGUAAUUUAUUACGAAUGGCGUAUGAUGCCUGGCCUAGGAUGCUUUGGAAUCUUUGCAACAACAUCAUUGAUGUGCAUCCUUUCGACCGGCAUCGCCGAAGCUAUCAUGUUCCUCCGAGUAUACGCCCUCUCCAAACGAAAGAAAUCAGUAGCGAUCUAUCUUUCCGUACACUUCGGGCUCGUUCAGGCAGCAACAGUCGCUCUCUAUAUCGUCUUCGCCAACUCCCUCAAAUUCCAAGACCCCCUCCCCGGCUUCCCAAUACACAUAGGAUGUAUCCCAAUGGAGGCCAAAGUCAACCACCUAUCCACUAUCUUUGCUCUCGUCAUCGUAAACCAAUGCGUAAUCACCGCUCUCAGCUUCUACUUUGUCCUCACCAACUUCAAACGAUCACGAGGACCCCUAAUCGACCUCCUCUUCGAAGACGGGGUGUUCUAUUUCGUCGUUAUGUCAGGAAUCACCAUCGCCAACUUCGUUCUAUCCCUCACAAUGCCUCCCGACCUCCAAUUCGUCUUAUCAGGGAUCCAACGUGCCCUACACGCAACAAUCGCAUCCCGAAUAACAAUCGGUAUGCGCGAGUACGCUCAAAAAGACCUACACCUCUCGACACCGUCCAUCUCCAAAAUGCGAUUCGAGAAGUUCUCGACGUUCGACGAGUCGCGUGGUAUGACCACAGGCGAUCUAGGCCGCGCCGCUGGAUACCUUGGAACCAUGAAUGGCACCAUGAGCGGUAUGAGUACGGCCCAGACGGCGACGUCGAGGAGCGGUGGCGUGAGCUCAGGCUUCGCCUCGGAUAACGAGAUGGGCGGAGAUGGGGAUGGUCGUGUGCAGGGGAUGCAGGCACAGUCGAUGGACCAGAGCCGGGGUUCGAUAACGCUCGAAAGACGGAAGUGA